AGACUGGUCUCAAACUCCUGACCUCAAGCAAUCCUCCCACCUCCCAAAGUGCUGGGAUUACAGGUUGGUGAAACUGCAGAAAGAUGGCAGAAGAAGUUGUGGUGGUCGCCAAAUUUGAUUAUGUGGCCCAACAAGAACAAGAAUUGGACAUCAAGAAGAAUGAGAGAUUAUGGCUUCUGGAUGAUUCCAAGUCCUGGUGGCGAGUUCGAAACUCUCUGAAUAAAACAGGUUUUGUGCCUUCUAACUAUGUGGAAAGGAAAAACAGUGCUCGGAAAGCUUCUAUUGUAAAAAAUCUGAAGGAUACCUUAGGCAUUGGAAAAGUGAAGAGGAAACCUAGUGUGCCAGAUUCUGCAUCGCCUGCCGAUGACAGUUUUGCUGACCCAGGGGAGCGUCUCUAUGACCUCAACAUGCCUGCUUAUGUGAAGUUUAACUACAUGGCUGAGCGAGAGGAUGAAUUAUCAUUAAUAAAAGGGACAAAGGUGAUCGUCAUGGAAAAAUGCAGUGACGGGUGGUGGCGGGGUAGCUACAAUGGACAAGUUGGGUGGUUUCCUUCAAACUAUGUAACUGAAGAAGGUGACAGUCCCUUGGGUGACCAUGUGGGCUCUCUGUCAGAGAAAUUAGCAGCAGUUGUCAAUAACCUAAACACUGGGCAGGUGCUGCAUGUGGUACAGGCUCUUUACCCAUUCAGCUCGUCCAAUGAUGAAGAACUUAAUUUUGAGAAAGGAGAUGUAAUGGAUGUUAUCGAGAAGCCGGAAAACGACCCAGAGUGGUGGAAGUGCAGGAAGAUCAACGGAAUGGUCGGUCUGGUGCCAAAAAACUAUGUCACCAUCAUGCAGAAUAAUCCGUUAACCUCAGGUUUGGAGCCAUCGCCUCCACAGUGUGAUUACAUUAGGCCUUCACUCACUGGGAAAUUUGCUGGCAAUCCUUGGUAUUAUGGCAAAGUCACCAGGCAUCAAGCAGAAAUGGCGCUAAAUGAAAGAGGGCAUGAAGGGGAUUUCCUCAUUCGUGACAGUGAAUCUUCGCCAAAUGAUUUCUCAGUAUCGUUAAAAGCACAAGGGAAAAACAAGCAUUUUAAAGUCCAACUAAAAGAGACUGUCUACUGCAUUGGACAGCGUAAAUUCAGCACCAUGGAAGAACUUGUAGAACAUUACAAAAAGGCACCAAUUUUUACAAGUGAACAAGGAGAAAGAUUAUAUCUUGUCAAGCAUUUAUCAUGAUACUGCUGACCAGAAGUGACUGCUACGUAGCUUUAAUUCAUCAUGUAAUUGGAGACUGAAAAGAUAUUGGUCCAGUCGUGCUUGACUGGAAAUUGCUGUUUCUAACUCUAUAUGAGAAUUGACUAUAAUACCUAAGUAUUUUUAUUAUAACUCAGCCCAUACAUAUAUACUGUGUAUGCAGUACAUCCAUAGAACAGUUCCUUAUCUUUGAUCUUUUGUUGUUUUCUUCUUUGCUGUUUUUCUCUUUGCUUCUAUAUUAAGGUUUUGUAUUUUGAAAAUAAUCAAAUACUGCAGAUAAGAAGUCUUUAUAUGGAAGAAUUCCUUUAUUGCCUUUCCUUUAUUUCCUUGUGUAGGCACCCUGUUAGUUCUGCCAUGGUUUCUCUUCAUAUAAAAUUAUUAUAUCUAUAUAUGGCAUAUGCUGAAAUAAAUUUCCUAGAGUGUUAAUCAUUUCUGUGACUAAAUAGCAAUAAUAAACAGAAAUUUAGAAAUUA